AUGGAAGAUAACUUAUUUGUGAAGACAGAUGGCAAAUUGUUUCCGCAAACAAAAAACUUGUCCAUCAGGGUUCCAACGUGUAGUUAUGAGCCCGGCUCAGCGUGUAGUUAUGAGCCUGUCUCAGCGUGUAGUUAUGAGCCCGGCUCAGCGUGUAGUUCUGAGCGUAGCUCAGCGUGUAGUUAUGAGCCCGGCUCGGCGUGUAGUUAUGAGCCUGUCUCAGCGUGUAGUUAUGAGCCCGGCUCAGCGUGUAGUUCUGAGCCUAGCUCAGCGUGUAGUUAUGAGCCCAGCUCAGCGUGUAGUUAUGAGCCCAGCUCAGUGUGUCGUUAUGAGCCCGGCUCAGCGUGUAGUUAUGAGCCCGGCUCAGCGUGUAGUUGUGAGCCCGGCUCAGCGUGUAGUUAUGAGCCCGGCUCAGCGUGUAGUUAUGAGCCCAGCUCAGCGUGUAGUUAUGAGCCUGUCUCAGCGUGUAGUUCUGAGCCCGUCUCAGCGUGUAGUUCUGAGCCCGUCUCAGCGUGUAGUUAUGAGCCCGUCUCAGCGUGUAGUUAUGAGCCCGGCUCAGCGUGUAGUUAUGAGCCCGGCUCAGUGUGUAGUUAUGAGUCUAGCUCAGCGUGUAGUUAUGAGCCCGGCUCAGCGUGUAGUUAUGAGUCUAGCUCAGCGUGUAGUAAUGAGCCCGGCUCAGCGUGUAGUUAUGAGCCCGGCUCAGCGUGUAGUUAUGAGCCCGGCUCAGCGUGUAGUUCUGAGCCCGGCUCAGUGUGUAGUUAUGAGCCCGGCUUAGCGUGUAGUUAUGAGCCCGGCUCAGCGUGUAGUUAUGAGCCCGGCUCAGCGUGUAGUUAUGAGCCCAGCUCAGCGUGUAGUUAUGAGCCUGUCUCAGCGUGUAGUUCUGAGCCCGUCUCAGCGUGUAGUUCUGAGCCCGUCUCAGCGUGUAGUUAUGAGCCCGUCUCAGCGUGUAGUUAUGAGCCCGGCUCAGCGUGUAGUUAUGAGCCCGGCUCAGCGUGUAGUUAUGAGCCCGGCUCAGCGUGUAGUUAUGAGUCUAGCUCAGCGUGUAGUAAUGAGCCCGGCUCAGCGUGUAGUUAUGAGCCCGGCUCAGCGUGUAGUUAUGAGCCCAGCUCAGCGUGUAGUUCUGAGCCCGGCUCAGUGUGUAGUUAUGAGCCCGGCUUAGCGUGUAGUUAUGAGCCCGGCUCAGCGUGUAGUUAUGAGCCCGGCUCAGCGUGUAGUUAUGAGUCUAGCUCAGCGUGUAGUAAUGAGCCCGGCUCAGCGUGUAGUUAUGAGCCCGGCUCAGCGUGUAGUUAUGAGCCCGGCUCAGCGUGUAGUUCUGAGCCCGGCUCAGCGUGUAGUUAUGAGCCCGGCUCAGCGUGUAGUUAUGAGCCCGGCUCGGCGUGUAGUUAUGAGCCCGGUUCGGCGUGUAGUUAUGAGCCCGGCUCAGCGUGUAGUUAUGAGUCUAGCUCAGCGUGUAGUAAUGAGCCCGGCUCAGCGUGUAGUUGUGAGCCCGGCUCAGCGUGUAGUUGUGAGCCCGGCUCAGAGUGUAGUUAUGAGCCCGGCUCAGCGUGUAGUUAUGAGCCCGGCUCAGCGUGUAGUUAUGAGCCCGGCUCAGCGUGUAGUUGUGCUCAGAACUACAUGUGA